AUGUUAAGGAUGUUCCUGCAGGUCCUGAAGGGGGAGGCCUCUGAGAUUGUCGUGGUGCCCCUAUACAAGCGCACAGUAGAUGAAAACUUUGGUCGACCAACUUUGAAAUUGCGAGAGUACGCAGCUCUGGCGGCACAACAACUUCUUAUCCCAACGGUGCAUCUUGUCUGCAUGUCAGCUGUGCUGCACACCUGUUUUAUGCUAGAAUUGUUUCUGGGCGAUGUAUCUAUGCUGUUGCACGACAUGACUCCAUAUGGGAGUGAUGCGUCGCAAUGGAUCGCCACUCCACCUGCAUUUCUACCUGGGGAUGGAAGGCAAUGCUGA